AUGUCUGCUAUUACUAUCCAGAAGGGGCCCAUUCAAUUAGUUGGCCUUCUCCACAGGCCCACAUCUGGCUCUAAGCUCCCAGCUCUCGUCAUUGUGCACCCUGGAGGCGGCGUCAAGGAGCAGACUGCAGGACUUUACGCAAAGAAGCUUGCCCAGAACGGCUUUGUAACUGUCUGCUACGACGCUUCCCACCAGGGCGAGAGCGGUGGCGAGCCUCACUUCCUCGAAGACCCUUCUCAACGGGUCAGCGAUGUCUGGAGUGUCGUUGAUUACCUCGAAAAACUCGAGUAUGUUGACUCCGAUAAGAUCGCCGUCGUCGGUGUCUGUGCAGGGGGUGGUUAUGCGACCGCUGCCGCCAAGAUGGAUCACCGCCUCAAGGCCCUCGCCACGAUCAGCAUGGUCAACAUUGGCGACUCAGCACGUCUGGGCUGGGACGGCGACGAAGAUGCGAAAGAGAAAAUUGCAGCCUUCGACAUGGCCGCCAAACAAAUCACGGCCGAAAACAACGGAGCUGAGCCUGCAGCCGCACCCUAUGUGCCUCCCCAGCUGGACGACAAGACUCCUGCUGAUAUGAAGGAGGCGCACGAUUAUUACCUCACUCCGCGAGCCCAACACCCCCGUGCUUGCAACAAAAUGUUGAUUCGGAGCUUCCCGCUUGUGUUGAACUUUGAUGCUUUCCACCUGGCGGAUCUUUACUUGACCCAGCCGACUCUGCUUAUUGCCGGUGAGAAGGCAGGUUCCUUAUGGCAUACCGAGAAGCUCGAUAAGUUGAUCGGAGGUGCUUCGAAGAAGCUGAUCGUCCCCGGUGGGACGCACAUGGACUUCUAUGAUCAGGACAAGUAUGUUGAUCUGGCUGUCAAGAAUGUUUCCGAGUUUAUGAGCGAGAAGCUGCGAAAGUGA